AUGCAAUUGACCAAGAUUUUCUCUGUCUGCUCCAUUUUGAGCCUUGCUGCCGCCGACGUCGCUCCCAAGGCCACCAAAAACCCCAAAAGGGUUGUCGCCGUUGCCGAUUUCCCUGAAAAGGGUGUGAAUAAGUUCACAAAAGGGUACGUCUUUUUCUCAAGCCCCACUGGAAGUGAAGUGAAGGUUCAUAUUGACUUCACUGGCUUGCCCAAGGCCGGCGGUCCCUUUUACUACCAUAUUCAUGAAGGACGUGCCAACAGUGACGCCUGUGACGACGUUGGAGGUCACUUUGACCCAUACAAGGGUUUGACCGAAUGUCCCUUGGUGGGCGACGAUGGUGCUUGCCAGGUUGGAGACUUGACAGGCAAGCAUGGUUGGAUUAACACGACCUGUUUCCAGACCGAGUAUUUUGACUCUUACCUCUCCUUGGAUGCCAAGGAUCCUGCCUAUGUCGUGGGUCGCUCUCUUGUGAUUCACCAGGCUGACCUGACUCGUUUUGCUUGUGCCAACAUCAACAUCGCCACCAAGGAGCAGUACAAACAAUUGUUUGGAACUGAUGAUGCCUUUGAUGAUUCUGUGGAAGGUCCGACGCCUGCUGAUUCGGAACCGGUUCUGCCUGUGUUGGCGGCUCCUGGGCUGCAACCAGAGAGCGCCAUGAAAUACAAAAGCGGAAAAUCAUCUACAGAGGGCGAGAGUCGGGACUCUGUCAUUUUGCUGGGAAACAGCACCGUGCCUGUGAUCUCCUGGGCAAUCAGGGCUUUGGAUUCGCCAAUCUACUGUCUACUCGUUUUUCUUUUGCCUAUGUGUGCUCUUCUUGUCUCCUAA